AUAUGUGUCUUUAAGGGACCAAUCCGGACCGUUUUUUCUUUAAGGGACCAUUGUGAAACCUAAAAUAUCAUUAAUAGACUAAUUAUAGAGAAAGUGGAGAACGGACCUACCCUUUCAUGUAGGGUUGCAAUGCUUCUACCAACUAUGUAAUGAAUAAUCACAUGGUAUCAAAUCAUAUAUUUCACGAAGAGUUGUAUGGUUCCUCCCAUCUUGGAUUCGUUCAACUAUAGGCUACACUAUUCAAGCACACUCACCAUGUGAUUUCCAACCUCAGUUGAUCACAAUAUGGAUAUUCUAGGAUUCUUUAAAAUAUACUCCCUCCGAUUCUAUAUAUAAGAAAAAUUUGACUUUUUAAAUUCAUUGUAGAAUUGACGUAUCUAGACAAUAACAUAGUCUAAAUACAUUAGUUCUAUAAUGAACUUAAAAAGUGAAAUGUUUCAUAUAUAAGACUGAAGGGAGUAUAUCAUAUCCAACUAAUUAAUAUUUAAUAAAUCAACAAAGACCAAAACAUAGAAAUAAAAUUUCUUACACUCUAGUGUCAAGUGUAUUAGGAGACAAUAAAUAAGGUUGCUAAUACUUUAGCUAAGACAACCACAUCUCUAGCUAGUAUUCAACCUAUGUAUGGUUGAGAUGCCUCAUUGUAUUAAACGCAUUUUAAGUAAAAAAAAUGUUAACUAGAGUCCGAAACAGAUUCUAUUUUAGUCUCAACCCAAGUUACUCACGUUUGGUAAGCUCAUUAGUGAAACUGGAUGACAUCGAAGGCGUGGAGAAGAUUUUGCAAGAAUGGAAAUCUGGAAAUACAAGAUUCUAUUUUGAAAAAUUAUAGAAGAAUGAAUCACGUUCCAUUUUUUAUUUUUUUAAAUAAGAUGACAAAAAAUACUGAUGUGACAGCUGAGUCAUUUAAGUGACUUGUCAGCUUUGACUUAGUCAAAAUUGAAUUUUUACAAAAAAGAUAAAAAUAAGGGGCAAAAACUACUAUUUUGAAAGAUAGAGAGCCAAAAUUGCAAUUUUUUAAAACAUAGUGUGCCAAAAAUGCAAUUUAUCCUAAAUUUAUCUUAACUAGUAUAAACUUUUUGCCUUAAAAAAAAAUAAACGCCGGUGUAGCUUGAAACAUUGCCGCCGAAACUCACAUACUAAUUUCAAACGCUUCUCUUUUUCAAAAUCUCAAAUCAAAAUUUCAAAAGUAUUCAUUCGCAAAAACGAAACUAGAGAAAUGAAUUCGAAUUCGAAGAACGCAGGUUCAUCCUUAGAUUCCUUAAUGUCUUCCUUCAACGCUCGCAUUUUACAGCUUCAAGAACUCGUAAUCGCGAGAAACAUGUACCCGGCGAGUAGUAUUGCAGAUCUUUCUGCUGUUGAUUCUGCUGUCACUGCUAUGGAGAUUCAGGUGCAAGCCAUUAAGGAUCGAUUUCGCGAUGAAAUUGAAGCUAUUCCUAAAACAAAGAAACUUAUCAAUGCAUGCCUGCAGCAGCAAAAGAAACUGCAAAAUAUGUCUCUUCACAUUCCCUCUCAAAUGGCUGAUAGAAUGACACUGUCAAAUUCGGAAACUACUCAAACUAGUAGAUCGUUGUUUGCUGAAUUUUCUCAACAAGACUCUGGAUCAUUUGAGGCUUUGAAACAUGAUGUGGAGCCUGCCGCAUUGCCUAAGGAGAAAAAAGGUCGUGCUCCUCCACCAACGUGGUUUGUCACUGGAAGUGAACUAGAUUCAUUGUCUUCAUAUAUGAGGGGUAGGCUUACACUAGAGAAGGUGAAUGCAGUAAUCACAGAUAUGGCCUCUUAUGCGGAAGCAAAUGCUCAACUUCUCACAGCCCCUAAAAAGAGGUUGGCAGAAAAUCUUUGGGAAAAAGCUCUGGAAAUAAGAGAUAUUGGAGCAACGGAAGGGGUUAAAGGAAAACACUUUUUUCUUGAAGCUGAUAUAAAAGGCCCAGCACUUAAACUUGACAACACUGGAAAGGCAAUAUUGACAGUUCUUCGACAUCUUGGUCGCAUUAGCGAGACUCGUGUUGGACAUCAUCGUGUUUUCAUUUUACAUAAGCCUCACUAGGAAAAGUUAGUCUUGACCGUAUUACUAUGCAUUACUGUUUGUAUGUUCAAGAUUUGUGUGCGUGGAAGUAUGUUUUCACUUCAGUGCGAGAAAAUGUAUUUAUAUGUAUGCACAAAAUCACUCUAUCCUCUUCCUCUUUCAAGUUUCAAUAAUAUAAGAUCUUGAUUUACUUGGUAA